AUGGCACUUAAUCGUUGGCUUUGGCUAAUUGGCGUUUUCAGCUCUCUCGCAGAGUGGACGAAAGUGUUCUUGACUUCAGCCGCCAUUGUCGCCAUAUCAUCAAUUGUUUUUGCUAUCUUUGGAAGAGGACGUGCUUCGAAUUGGGCCGCUUCUUCAUGGGAUCCGCUCAUCUCGACGAAGAUGAGAAAUCUUCAGCCGAUUGAUUUCAGCCAGGAUGAAUGUGGAUUGUAUGAGCUGCGCCUCAUCGACCCGAACAAAAAAUAG